AUGGACGAGAUGUGGGCACAUAUUCAGCAGAAAUCAGUCACCAUGGGCAACCAGGGGAGCCAUACUACCGAUGACUCUGAACAAGGCAGAUACAAGAUCAUUCUAGGUGACGAUGACCUUAUACAGAGUAUUCCUGGUCCUGAGGGAGAAGACCCCGAAUCUCCCAAUCACGUCCUGGAUUUAAAAGUCACUGACUGGAGAACAACUGCUCCAUGUUUUGAUUUGGGAAUUGAUCAUUCGCGCACCACGGUUCUCUUUGAAAGCCACCUUGAUUGGAUAGAUGACAGCGUUCACUUCUCGUUCAAGCUGCCUGCUGACUACCCUGGCGGCCGAGCUCAGGUUCUGAAGCGGGUACGACAGCUUUGCGAUGGAAGCAAGCCACUGGGAAUCACAGACAUCCAUCUCGGCAAAUUUGCCAUCGGUAAACACUUGUCAGCCACGAAGAAAGGCCGCAAGAAGAAGCACCAGUGGACAAGCGGCUUCUGGGCCUAUGGAUGCAAGAUCAACUGGCUCAAGCGCACUGAGAGUUCCAAAAAUGUGCACUUCAAGUUUGCGGCGGAAGAAGAUGAGGCCGUGAUCUUUGUAGUGGAUGAAACCAACCCAGAUUUCAGGUCAGCUGUUGGCACUGAGAUGCGCAAAUUCAUGGAUAUCAUGGUAUUGCCUGUCCGAAUCUGGCUGCGCAUCCGUGACUUGGCGAAGAAUUAUGAAAAGGCCAAGGCUGAGCGCCAAGGGGAAGUAGAUGCGAUUCUGACUGCAGCGCAAGGGACAGCAGGCCUAGGCCCGAUCGUUAUGAGUUCGCAACAGGACAUACAACGGAACUUUGCCACAUUGCUUAGAAGACUCAAUCAAGCAUCUGACACAGAUGAUGUCGGCGAAACCGAAGAAGUUGUCGAUGAACUCACUGUGAGCCAGAGCAGUCAGAGCCAGGUAACUUUACAUGAAUCGCAUGAAGAAUUGAAUGAACAAUCGCAUGAAAAACUGCAUGAGCAAUUGCAUGAGCAAUCGCAAAGAACGGACAAGGACGUGGAUCUUGGAAGCACGGAAGAAAAGCCCCCCGGGCUGAAGGAGAAGGCAGCAGAGCAAUCGACCUCAGUCGCACCUCCCGUGAUUGAGGUUGAUGAGGCGGAGACGCAGAGACGCAUGCAGGCAAAGGCUGAGAAGCACAGACAGAAGAAGGCCGCUUACAAGGCUCGCAAGAAGGCUGCCAAAGCACAGCAAGCCCUGGAAGAAUUUGGAAAGACAGGAAGUUCAGGGAACGAACCAUCAAAGCAAGGAGAAGCUCGCGAUGGGGAAGUCAGCGAUGCAGCGGGUCCACUGGCCGUUGCGUUGCCUGCACAUCUCUCUAUAAAUUCGCCCGCAUCCUUGACUGAUUCGUUCACCACUGCACCCUUUUCCCCCUCUUCCAACUCUGCAGUCUCCACAAUCUCCGACGUCGCGUAUUCCGCGUCAUGA